GUUUGUGGAGGCUGCCUCCCAAUUGGAACAUGCUGUCCUUAAUCACAGCAUGGCUCUGGGGCUGAGUGACAUGUUUACACGCAUGUUCUGCUCUGCUGCACCGACCCAUCAGCUGUCAGCGCUCUCCCAGAGCCACAGCAUGGAAGAAACGUUGGUUCAUCUUGCGCAGCGGUCGGAUGAGCGGUGACCCGGAUGUCCUGGAGUACUACAAGAAUGACCACUCCAAGAAGCCUCUGCGUGUGAUCAACCUCAACUUCUGUGAGCAGGUGGAUGCAGGGCUGACCUUCAACAAGAAGGAGCUGCAAGACAGCUACGUCUUUGACAUCAAGACCAGCGACAGGACUUUCUACCUGGUGGCCGAGACGGAGGAGGACAUGAACAAGUGGGUUCGCAGUAUCUGCCAGAUCUGUGGCUUCAACCAGUCUGAGGAGAACGCAGACACUCUGAGGAACAUUCCCUUGGUGAGCCAUGGUCCACGCUCCUCCCCAGCAGAGCUAAACAGCUCCAACCACCACCUGCUCAGAGAACGCAAGUCAUCAGCUCCUGCCCACUCCAGCCAACCUACCUUGUUCACUUUUGAUUCACCUGCCAACCACGUCCAGACCACCUUGUCUGCCAGCGCCCCACAGGACUAUCUCUUCCUGCACCAGUGUAUGAGCCGAAAAUCAGAAAAUACAAGGAGCGCCAGUUUCUCCCAAGCCACAAGGACCUCGUUCUUCAUGAGGAGUGACACAGCCGUUCAGAAGCUCUCCCAGGGCAAUGGACACUGUGUGAACGGGGUCGGCGGGCAAGUCCAUGGAUUCUACAGCUUGCCAAAGCCCAGCAGACACAAUUCGGCGCUCAGGGACAGUGCCUAUGACCUCCCGCGGAGCUUUGGCUCUUACACUCACACCAAAGCCAGCCUCACGGGUUCUGACACGGAUAACGAGGAGGUCUAUACCUUUAAGACUCCCAACAACACCCUGUGCAAAGAGUUUGGGGAGCUCUCCAUGGACUCCUAUGACAUCCCCGUCACCCCUCACUCCGUAUACCAGAUCCCAAGGACAUUCACGCUGGACAAGAACCACAACACACUGGCCGUGGCCUCCAGUGAUUCACCCGCUGCUCCCCCACCCCGGCCCCCUAAACCAGGGCAGAUGGAGUCACAGUGGGGCAGCCCCCAGCAGCACCCUUCGAAUGGUGAAAGCCUAGGUAUGGUCUCCGUGGCGGCUACCAUUCCCAGGAGGAACACGUUACCAGCUGUGGAGAACAGCAGACUACAUCGAGCUUCUUCUUGUGAGACUUACGAAUAUCCCCAGCAUGGUGGCAGCAACACAGUUCAGUCAGCAGACUCUGUGAAUGAUGGGUUCAACUCAUAUCUGCAAGCCAGAGCCGCAGUGGCUCGCUCCCACAGUGCUGACUCUGAGGACAAUUAUGUCCCAAUGAACCCAGGCUCCUCGUCCCUGCUGAACAUGGAGAAAACCAAUGACAAUCCCCAGAAUCUCUACAUCCCCAUGAGCCCUGGUCCGCACCACUUUGACCUCCUGGGAUUGUCCUCGACGACCCUCCCAGUCCAUAAAGGAGGAGCCAUUUCCCAGUGCCACAGGCGGCUGAGUGAAAUCCAGCCCCCACCGGUCAACCGCAACCUCAAACCCGACCGGAAAGCAAAGCCAACGCCACUGGACCUCAGGAACACCACGGUUAUCGAUGAGCUUCCCUUCAAAUCGCCGGUCACCAAAUCUUGGUCCAGACCAACUCAGACUUUCAACUCCAGCGCCUCACAAUACUGCCGCCCAGUCUCCACCCAGAGCAUCACCAGCACUGACUCGGGAGACAGCGAGGAAAACUACGUGGCCAUGCAAAAUCCUGUUUCUGCUUCUCCGGUUCCUAGUGGCACCAACAGCCCAGCAGCGAAAAAGAGUUCAGGGAGCGUGGAUUAUCUAGCCCUGGACUUCCAGCCAAACUCACCUGGGCCAAACAGAAAGCCCUCCACAUCGUCAGUCGCCUCAGACGAGAAGGUCGAUUAUGUGCAGGUUGACAAAGAGAAGACACAAGCCCUGCAGAACACCAUGCAGGAAUGGACCGACGUCCGGCAAUCAGCAGAUCCUGUUAAGAGCAUGAAGCAGUAAUGGACGGGGCAGAUGGGGACAGCCAUCCAGACAGGCAAAUGUCCAACAGGUUUUCCCAGGCUGGGGUUCCACUGGGUAUGCGAGCUCACUUUGGGGUUGCAUUGCUACAGUACUGUUGUUUGGGUCUUUUUUUAAAAAGAAACUUCAUUUCAGGGGAAGACUUGGCAGAUAUUGUUUGCCAGUGACAAAGACCAACUACUUGCAGUGGCUGGGUUUGUGCUGUUACUUUAGCUGCUGGAUAUACUGUUCAGGAACUUAAAACUUAGCAAUACUGGGGUCAUAAAUGCCCUGCAUGUCUUUUGCUUUCAGCUGUUAUUAAAGCCACCUUGUACCUGCUAACACUGUAGUAUCUCUCUCAGUCUUCUUCCAUACUGUACACCUGAACUGUGCCGAAUGUAUACUGGUUUGGUGGCAUCCUUUACAGGACACGGAUUCCCGCUCCAUACCGUAUGGUGGUCCUGACCUCUUCAACCUCUUCAAAAAAUGGGCAACUGCCAGGUUUAAUAUGUACUUGUUUUAUUAUCAAAUCGCUUGUCAAUAAUGACCGACAUGCCUUUGUAACCUGCAGGGGGCGCUUCUCCAUCAGGCGGCAUGGCUUGUGUGCCAAUACCUGUAGCUUGCAAAGCACCCAGACUGACGGACGGGUUGAGACAAACUUAGACCUCCAGGGCUGACCUCUCCUCCCCCCUAGCACACACAUAAUGUAUCAAACAACAAGAGGUGCCUCUUCUUUUUAAAUGGGUGUUGGUGGGGUGGGGGUGGGGGGUUCAAAGCUCCCCAAAAUGAAAGGGCUGGCAGGAUCGGCUUUGUGAAAGCAGAAUUAAAGAGCUAGAGGCUUGAACUCAAUGGGAAUCCUUUCACUGACUUCAGUAGGCUCUGGAUCCGACCCUGAGGGCCAACUUCUACCCAGGGUGGCAGCGUUUGCAGCCUCAUUGGGAGACAGUUCUGCUGCCGUUGAAAUCAGUGGAAGCUUUGCCAUUGAUUGCAAUGGGAGCAGGAAAAGACUCCCCUGAGUCUGAGUGGAGAGUUAGGCCCAUGUGUGACUUGUAUGGCUUCAUGAUGAGUAAGGGGAAUGGGAUAUGGGACUGUCGACAAGGAUCUGGCGAGCGUAGCUACUCUACCAAGGAAGGAGUGGAAUUGUUGAAGAAGCCCAAGGAGGGAGAGCUAGGUGUAAUGCAGUGGAGUUGAGUGAAAGAAAUAUAGGUUACUGCUGAGAUCUUCACCUGGGGAAUAGUCUCCCACGAGGAGUCAGGGCAGUCUCAUCACUUGAGUGACCUAAAACUGGCCAGAAAAUGGAACUCCAUUCCCAUGAAAAAGUUCAUUUUUUGUUUUUGUAAUUGUCCUGAAUUGGGAUCAAAAGUCCAAAAUGACAUUUUCAUAGGAAGGGAUUUUCAGGAAGUCAGAGGGAGAACUGAAAAUGGCAUUUUUUGACUUCCCAGCUGCCCACCCGGGAAGGCUCUUGUCAUUUUCACUUUCUCCCCACAGGCAGAAAGCGAAACAGCAGAAGCCUUCCAGGCCAACAGCUGGGGAAAUGACAUUUUGAUUUUUGCAAAUGGAAAAUUGAAAUUUUUUGGCAAAAUUGAAAUUUUCCAACCGAAAA